AACAUGAAUUCAGUUCCGGUUCUUAAUGGUGCAAACUUUAAGGACUGGAAGGAGAACAUCUUAAUUGUUCUUGGCUGCAUGGAUCUUGACCUUGCAUUGAGGAUGGAGCAGCCCCCUUCUCCUACAGACUCCACUACCCCUGAGGAAAAGAAAAAUUAUGAGAAGUGGGACCGUUCCAAUCGCAUGAGUCUUAUGAUCAUAAAGCGUGGCAUUCCAGAGGCAUUUAGGGGUACUAUAUCUGAAGAAAUAACAAGUGCCAAAGACUUCCUUGCUGAAAUUGAAAAGCGCUUUGCUAAAAGUGAUAAGGCGGAAACAAGCACACUCCUUCAAAGCUUGAUUUCUAUAAAGUAUAAAGGCAAAGGAAACAUAAGAGAGUAUAUUAUGGAAAUGUCUAACAUUGCUUCCAAACUUAAGGCACUAAAACUUGAUUUGUCAGACGACUUGCUAGUGCAUUUGGUGUUAAUAUCUCUUCCUGCACAAUUUGGUCAAUUUAAGAUAAGCUAUAAUUGUCAAAAGGAGAAAUGGUCUCUUAACGAGCUUAUUUCGUAUUGUGUGCAAGAAGAAGAGAGGAUGAAGCAAGAUAAGACAGAAAGUGCUCACUUGGCAAGUACCUCUAAAAGCAAGGGCAAAAGGAAGAAAUAUAAGGAUAUAAAGAAUGAAGCUGAUGAGGGUCCGAUACAAAAGAAGCAAAAUAAGGGUAAUGAUUGUUUCUUUUGUAAAAUGACUGGACAUGCAAAGAAGGAAUGUGCCAAGUAUCAUGCAUGGCGUGCAAAGAAAGGGUUGCCUGAGUUACCGAAAGCCAAAUGAUGCUGAAAGAUGCAUUUAUGUGGGAGAUGGAAAGUCGGUAGAAGUAGAGGCAAUAGGGCAUUUUAGGUUGUUAUUAAGUACUGGUUAUUAUUUGGAUUUAAUGGAUACUUUUGUU